ACUAGACAGAACAGAGAUGAUAGCCACAAAGAGAUACAAGCCGCUCCAGGAUCUACACUGUCAAGAAUCACAGGGAAACAAAAAGCUCCACACAAUAUACUUAGAAAUGUCUGUAUAUUAUACUUAGACACAAAAAAAAAACGAUUUACAACUUGGAUGCUUUGAAGUAAUUCUUAUCAUAAGGACCAUUGGAGGGGCAUGGAAUCAUCUCCAAAUGGGAGAAGACUUUGGGCUCAAACCAGUUUCUUAGCAUGCCCAGGAUGCCUUUGUCUUGCCUGAGUCAACCGCUGUCCCUAAUGGAAUCUGGCUACUACUCAGAGAUGGAGAGUCUGGAGCCGGUGCCUGCCCAAACCGUGGACACCCCUGGCACCUUCAGCCAAGAGCUGGUCCACAGAAGCAAGGCAGGCCGAGGCAGAGCCAGCGCCACCGGUCGCAGGAAGCGCGAGUUCAUCUCUGACGAGAAGAAAGACGCCAGCUACUGGGAGAAGAGGCGCAAGAACAACGAGGCUGCCAAGCGGUCGCGGGAGAAGAGGAGGAUCAGCGACAUGGUGCUGGAGAACCGCGUGCUGGCGCUGAACGAGGAGAACGUCCGCCUGAAGUCAGAGCUGCUGUCUCUGCAGCUGAGGUUCGGCCUGAUCUCCACUGCUGCAUACGCGGAGAAGAGUCGACAGCUGUCAGGGUCGGCAGGGAGUUCCUACUACACUGGAUAUUCCACUGUCCUCCUCCAGUCUGACUCCUCGGAGGCCGAGCACCCCAGCCGAGGGGGCGGGUUCGCAUCCCUCAGCAAGUAUUCGCCCAGGGGCUCCCUCUCCGAUACUUCCGAUGGAUCGUUGAGCACUGGGAACAGCCCGGGGCCCAUGAUUCAAGGGGACAGCAGGCAAGAUGAGAACUCAAUGGACAAGGACCUGAUGAGAGACAUCAAGGAGGCCAUGAAUGCCCAGGUCCCCUUCGGAGAGUCAGCGUCCCUGCUAAGGAGCUACCAUGAUAUUGAGUUUGUAAAUUACAAAGAGCCACUGAAGUACAACUUUGCAGCCAGGGACAUUAUUCGGUACGGGACUCAAGGCUGCGUGGAAACUGCAGACUCUCAUACUGCCCAUCUGGAUGACUUCCUUCUUCUGUCUGCCGUGCCCCAGGCCAACGGGAAUGGCAGAACAGAUUACCCACAGGGAGGGGUCCACGCUGCACCCGCGCCCUCGAUGGUGGUGGAAGGUCAGCGCCAGGUGCCUCCGAGCGACGUGGCCCAGUGGUGCACUCACCGGCCGCCGGCCCCGCGGACCCAGGAGGAGCCGGCGGGCAAUUACCCGCUGGGAGGCUAUGUAGCUGAACUGUGUCCAGGGUCCGGUCGCGAGUACCCGGUCAUUGAGCGGCUGGUGCGCGCCAGUCCUCAGAGAUCCCUGAGCACGAGCGAGGCGGGUGAACGCACCGCAGUCCCGAACCUGGAUGAGGUUCCACAAUGUUCCCUCACCCGGAGCUUUCCCGCUGGGAAGCAGGAGACAUCAGAAUGUUCCCCUGUGCUCUUUUCUGUCAUUAAGACGCCCGAGGUUCUCGAUCAAGGCCUGAUGGCAUAUUCCGGUGUCGCUGCGGACAAGGUAUCAGAUGGUGCCCUUUCCGAAGGUUCGGACAGUGACAGCCAAGACAAGGCAGACAGGGCCGGCCUCAGCGAUGCAGCGCACGCUGACUCCCCCCAGGUGCUCAGGAGAAUGGCCCUCCCUCACAAGCUCCGCCUGAAAGCCAGAGCCAUGAUUCAGGGUGGCGAGCAAGAUAACGGGCAGGACCUUCCACAGCACGAUGCUGAUCAGGGGGCUUCACUGCUGGGGGGCAACGGUUUCCAUCACAAUGGGUGCAUCAUGAGGGGUUACACUCCAGGUCAGGGGAAGGGAGAUCUCUGGAGUGAAUCGGAGCAUCUAGUCACUAAGGCAUCACAGUGCACUGCAGGAGGGGUAAGCCAGUUUGAACAACCUCCUCCCAAAGGGUCUAUUAAUCUCCAGAGCAACCAAAUCUCCACAUCAAAGGGUCCCGACCUUCACACUGUAGGCGUAGCCUGUUUUAGGAAAUUAGAAGGGAAUGCCACACAGGCAGUUGAAAUGUCACCACCCCACCAGGGCUACAGUUUAACCAGCCCCACUUAAGGACAAAACAUGCAGGAACAUGGCUACAGAGAAGUGAAAUAAGGAUGGUGGUUCAUCUGAACGUCCGAGGCUACUAAAUAGCAGCAAUGUCUCCAUGUAGCAGAUCUCUUCUCAUCUUCUUGCUGUGCACCAGGACAAAAAAUGUUAGGAAUUGUCCAUCUCUCGACGCAGGUCAGCAUCAGAGUUGCGUGCUGGACCAGACUUGGUGUAUUCAUAUCCUUUACUGUUUCAGGGACUGAUGCACAUCAAUCAGACGAUUUUUUUAUUUAUUGUUUUUUAUUUAUUUAGCAAUACAGCGCAGAAUAGGCCCUUCUGGCCCUUCAACCUAUGCUGUCCAGCAGCCCCAACGACCUCGAUUUAACCCUAACCCAAUCACAGGGCAAUCUACAAUGAUCGAUAAACCUUACUAGUUCAUCUUUGGAGUGUGGGAGGAAACCAGAGCACCCAGAGGAAACCCACACAUUCCACGGGGAAGACUUACCAAACUCCUUACCGAGGAUGCCGGGAUUGAACCCUCAAACUUCAACACCCCAAAGCUGUAAUAGCGUCACGCUAACCACUACGUCAGGAUGGAAAAAGAGCCAUCACCUCUCUUCAUCAGGACUGAGGAGACAAAUCGCACCAAGCAAUAGACAGCCUGCAUUCCUGUGUCUUUUAGCCAGAUCUGUCAAGGUCUAAACACAGAACCAGCAAGGCGGCAAGACCGUACCUUGUUGAGCGUAAACUGCCUGUACUCUAGUCAUCAUUCAUUCCGAGGUGUCAGUGUGGUUUUGUCGGCUGAACUCAUGCCCAGGCAUUGAGAGAUUGUAGAAAAUCAGAAAUUAAUGAGGCGGAUAGAAGGAAUUUGUAAAACGAGCUUCAUUGUGCUGUUUCUCAUGAUUGGUGUUCACACCUUAAAGUUCCUAGCAACUGUUUCAGACGCAGUGGCAUCUGUCCAUAUGUACUCAACAGUUUCAUUACAAGUCUCAAUGGCGUGCUUCCCAGUCACAGUCGAAGCCAGAACGAGAGCUGGUUUUCAUUCUGCUUGUGGGCUACUGCCAGCCAACACACAGUCUUUCUGCACAAACUCUUCCUAAAUACUUGUGUAUUUCUGCCAUAAACAGCUUAUAAUUUCCAUCUCAAUAGCCCAAUUGAUAUACAGCAGAGGGUGUAGACAAUAGGGGCAAUUCAGCCAGGCAGCAUCCGUGGAGAGGGAACUUGGACGAAAGUUUCAAGUCAAUGACGUAUUCUGGGUUGGUCUGGUCCACAAGGUACAGAUACUGAAUCUAUGGUUACAGUCACAGAUAUUGGGUUGAUAAGUCUGUCAUAUUGAAAGGCUGAGAUAGAGUGGACAUGGAAGGUAUGUUUCCUAUAGCAGGGGAGUCUAGGAUCACAGGUCUCAGCCUCAGAAUAGGAUUUCUCUUUAGAACAGAGAUAAGGAUUCCUUUAGGCAGAGGCUGGUGAAUCUAAGGAAUACAUCACCACAGAUGGCUUUGGAGUCCAAGUCUGUGAGAGUGUUUAAAGCGGAGGUUGAUAGGUUCUCAAUUAGUAAAAGUGCCAAAGGGAGAAGGCAGGAGAAUGGGCUUGAGAGGGAUAAUGAAUCAGACAUGACCAAAUGGUAGAGCAGACUCACAGGCCUAAUGGUCUAAUUCAACUCCUAUGUCUUAUGGUCUCAUGGUUUUACUGUAUAUGAGUUGGAGGGUCCUCCCUACAAUUUCUACGAUAACAAAAACAGAAAAUGUUGGAAAAAUAAAUGGAGCUUGAACUGAAAUGUCAACCUUGCUAUUCUUUCCGCAGGUGCUGCCUGACCUUUUGGGUGUUUCCAACACUUUAUUUCAGAUCCACAGCAGCUGCGUCCUUCUUGCUUCCGAGUCCUACCAUCUCUAUCCCACUGAGGCCGCAUUCCCCCACACAGAGUCUGUGUUGUCCCAGACACCGUAUCCUCACCACGUUAACUCUAACGCGCACCUCUUUGGAGUGUGGGAGGAAACCGGGGCGGCCGGAGCAAACACACACACUCACAGGGAGAAACAUACACACUCCUGACAGACAGUGGUGGAAAUUGAACCCUGACUGCUGAUCACUGGCGCUGUAGAGUGUUAACACGGAAAUGCUUCAUUUUAUUUUUGCUGUUGCAAGAAACAGCUUAUCAAUGACUGGUCGCAUACAGUAGACACCAUGCAAAGUGAAGAUCCCAAAGUUGAAAAGGAAGAUUUCCAAAGCACCAUUUUGUCCAUUUUACACAAGUUGACUUUAGAAUCGGAAUCAGGUUUUGUAUCCCUGGCGUAUGUCAUGAAAUUUUUUGUUUCUGUUUUGCGGCAGCAGUACAAUGCAAUACAUAAUUUAAAAUACCUGCAAAUUACAAUAAGAAAUAUGCGCACAUUAUAUAUGUUUAAAUUAAAUAAGCAGUGCAAGAAGGGAGAGAAAUAUAUCAUGAGGUUGUGUGCGUGGGUUCAUUAUCCACUCAGAAAUCUGGUGGCGGUGGGGAGAAAGCAGCACAGAGUGCAUGACCUCGGGCUCUGUACCACCUGCUUGAUGGUACAAGGAGAAGUGGGCGAGUCCCAGGUCCCAGGUGCUUCGCCGAGAACCUCCGCUCCGUCCGCCCGCCACAACAGACAGGAUCUCCCGGUGGCCGCCCACUCCAACUCUGCUUCCCACUCCCAUUCAGGUAUGUCCAUACAUGGCCUCCUCUACUGCCAUGAUGAGGCUAAACUCGGGUUGGAGGAGCAACACCACGUAUACCGUCUAGGUAGUCUCCAGCCCCUUGGUAUGAACAUAGAAUUCCUCAACUUCCAGUAAUUCCCUCCCCCUCCCUUCCCCUAUCCCUAUGUCACUCUGCCUCCUCCCCCAGCUGCCUAUCACCUCCCUCAUGUUUCCGCCUCCUUCUACUACCCAUUGUGUUUUCCCCUAUUCCUUCUUCACCUUUCCUGCCUAUCACCUCCCUGCUUCUCCUACCCCACCCCUUUAUCUUUCCCCUUACUAGUUUUUCACCCGGAACCUACCAACCUUCUCCUGCCCACCCUCCCCCUCCCCCCACCUUCUUGAUAGGGCCUCUGCCCCUUCCCUCUACAGUCCUGACGAAGGGUCUCGGCUCGAAAUGUUGACUCACCGUUUCAUAGAAACAUAGAAAAUAGGUGCAGGAGUAGGCCAUUCGGCCCUUCGAGCCUGCACCGCCAUUUAUUAUGAUCAUCGCUGAUCAUCCAACUCAGAACCCUGCACCAGCCUUCCCUCCAUACCCCCUGAUCCCCGUAGCCACAAGGACCAUAUCUGACUCCCUCUUAAAUAUAGCCAAUGAACUGGCCUCAACUGUUUCCUGUGGCAGAGAAUUCCACAGAUUCACCACUCUCUGUGUGAAGAAGUUUUUCCUAAUCUCGGUCCUAAAAGGCUUCCCCUCUAUCCUCAAACUGUGACCCCUCGUUCUGGACUUCCCCAACAUCGGGAACAAUCUUCCUGCAUCUAGCCUGUCCAAUCCCUUUAGGAUUUUAAACGUUUCAAUCAGAUCCCCCCUCAAUCUUCUAAAUUCCAACGAGUACAAGCCCAGUUCAUCCAGUCUUUCUUCAUAUGAAAGUCCUGCCAUCCCAGGAAUCAAUCUGGUUUCCUCUGAUGCUGCCCGACCUGCUGAGUUCCUCCAGCGUGUUGUGAGUGUUCCCGGGUGAUAAGCGUCCUUGAUGAUGGAUGACACCUUUUCGAGGCAUCGCCUUUUGAAGAUGUCCUCGAUGCUGGGGUGUGUUGUGCCCACGAUGGAGCCAGCUGAGUUUUCAACUUACGGCAGACUUUUACGAUCCUGUGCAGUGGUCCCUCCAUUCCAGAUGCCGAUGCAACCAGUUAGAAUGCUCUCCACGGUACAAGUAUAGAAAUUUGGUAGAGUCUUUGGUUACAUAAUAAACUUCUUCAAAGCCCCUAAUGAAAUAUAGUCACUAUCGUGUCUUUUUUUUUAAUUGCAUCAAUUUGUUGGGCUCAGGAUAGAUCUUCAGAGAUGUUGACACCCAGAAGCUUGAAACUGCUCACUCUUUCCCCUGUUGAUCCCUCAAUGAGAAAAAUUUGAAAGCAUCAUUUUGUCCAUUUUACAAAACUUAAUGUCCCAAUCUACUUCAAAUCACAUAGUUGGAAUAGGUUCUCCAGUGGCUUUGCUGUGCGGAGGCAAAAAUGCAUAAACACGAGAGGUUCUGCAGGUGCUGGAAAUCAGGAGCAAAAUGCUGGAGGAAUUCAACAGGUCACGCAGCGUCUAUGGAGAGGAAUAGUUGACAUUUCAGCCUGACGCCCUUCUUCAGGAGUAUCAAAGGAUCCUGGCCUGAACUGUUAGCAAUAAUUUCAUUGUGUAUCCAGCGACUGACACGCUGUCUCCUGUAUUGCAAACACACUGGCAUCACAGUGGCUCCUGCCACUGAACCAGUCCCCAGGCCUGAGCGAGUCUGCUCCACACACUGAGAGAAGCCAGUUACUCUCAUUUUCAAAAGGACUUUACUUCCGUAAGUUUUGUCUUAAACCUACUUGAGUGUUACUGCACACUGAAUUGUCCAUGAGCCAGUAGAACUGUACGAAGGUUCAGAACAUUGUUAAUUUUUAAACACGCAUUUCUUAAAAUUUUUUGACACAUUGGCCUUCAUAAAUCAGAAUAUUGAGCGCAGGAGUUGGAUGUUAUGUUGAAAUUGAGCAAGGCUCUGAUAAGGACUAAUUUGGUGCAUUGUGUGCAGUUUUGGUCAUCUACUGACAGGAAUGAUACGGAUAAAAUAGGAAGUGUAUAAAGGAUGCUGCCUGGACUUGAGUUAUAGGGAAAGUUUGAAUUGAUUAGAACUUUAUUCCCUGGAGUGUAGGAGAAUGAGGGGAGAUUUGAUGGAGGUAUUUAAAAUGAUGAGUGGUAUCAAUAGGGAAAAUGCAAGCAGCUUUUUCCACUGAGGUUAGGUGAGACUAGAGCUAGAGGUCAUGGGUUAAGGGUGAAAGGUGAAAUGUUUAAAGGAGAACUUCUUCACUCAGAGGAUGGUGCAAGUGUCGAAAAAGCUGCCAAAGUGGAGGAUGUGGGUUCAAUUUCAAUAUGUGAAGGAUAUUUGGAUAAGUUUCUGAAUGGGAGGGAUAUGGUCCAGAAGCUGGUCGAUGACACAGACUAGUUGACCCGAACGGUCUGUUUCUGCACUAGAGAGCUCAAUGACUUUAUGACUAUUUUUGGAUAAGUCUAAGUAAGAUAACCUGGUGCAGUAUGAUUCAAGACAGCUGAAACUUGGUUUAAUCCAAAUAUUAUUAAUGGCAUUUUUAAAGUCAUUUUUAAUGUCGACCCACUUCUGUAAGAGUGAAAGUGACCUGUAUAGAACCAUUUAUUGUUGCACGGUGGUCAUAACUUUGCUUUAAAAAUUAAUGACCCUUAAGAAAUAUCUCUUCGUGGACAUCUGUUAUGAGAAAACUUCAUUAAGAGUGUCCCCUUGAACCAACUCAGUUGCAGAUAUUUAGCAAGGAAAUUAACUUGGUUUUGGAGGGAUGACCUAAACUGACAAGAAACCUGAUAGAAGCUUGAAUGUAUAAUUUGCAUUUGUGAUUCCUGGAAUUUACUUAGUAGCUUUGUACGAAUUGGAAUGUCAGGGGUGUAGGAUUCACCUUGGGCUGGUCGGUCACCAUGAAGGUGCAAGGAACAACUUCAGGAGAAUACAAUUAACCUAACCCCAGUGGUCUUGGGUUGAGGGUGUCCCCACCAUAAGGAAUUAUGGUUGGACAGUUGCAGAGGUUUCAUCAGAACAUUGAGGUCUGGGCUGUCUCCAGUCAACGGUGGGGCCCGUCAAUGGUCCUCUUUCCAACACCAAAGUCAAUUUGGAGAUUCAGCAUGGUGAUAGGUCCUUCCAGCCCAAAGCACCCUCUCUGUGACCAGUUAACCUGCUGACCCAUGCAUCUUUGGAAUAUGGGAGGGAAUUGGAGCACCCGGAGGAAACCCACGCAGUCACAGGGAGAACGUACAAACUCCUUACCAGCCACAGUGGAAUUCAACCUAGAUCGCGUUGUGAUAUGACUACUCUACUGUGCCACCCACUUUAAACAGGGCUCGUCCGGGAUGAAGGGAUGUCAAUCACCUUUACACGUCAUUCAUUCUGAAUACCCAAAUAUCAACCGCAUUUUGACAUUUGUUUGCCCUUGCUGGGGCAGUGUGUCAGAACGUGAAUCCUGAAAUGAGUACAUAGAGAUUAAACUGUACUGUACCAAAAAAAAAACAUUACCUCUUUCAUGGCCAAAGAAAACAAUCAUAAAAACUACUUUGCUCCUCUAAUAUUUGGAUAACCUAUUGCAUCCAAACACCUGACCAGCUGUUUGGUGUAGCAGUUUCCACUGGUCAGAUAACCAGGUCAUUCU